AUGCCUCGACGGAUACACUCUGACCAAGGUGCCAAUUUCGUUGGAGAGUUAAUCCAUCAGCUAUGUGCCAUGGCCAACAUCAAGAAGAGUAGGACUACGCCUUACCACCCGAUGGGUAAUGGAAGUUGUGAAAGAUUCAACAGAACGUUGCUUGGGAUGUUGGGUACUUUGGAUCCGAAGGAGAAAGGGGACUGGAAAAGGCACGUUGGUCCGCUUGUUCAUGCAUACAACAGCAUCCGGCAUGAUAGCACAAGCUACUCGCCCUUCUUCUUGUUUGGCAGGCAUCCCAGGUUACCUAUCGACUUGGCAUUCGGAGUAGAUAUAGGAGGAAAACAUCAAACUCUUUCAGGAUAUGUCUCAUCGCUUCGUGAUAAUCUGAAGAAGGCAUAUAACUUAGCCAGGAGUCAUACAGCUUCCGCAUCAAAGCACCAGAAGAAGAUUACGACAGAAGAGCCAGAGCGGCUGAUUUACAAGACGGGGAGUACUAGUGCGGAUUGUGGCUUUCGAGGGCAAACAUAA